UGACCACCAGAGACAGCAUGACAGUACAGGAACUGACGAGAGACUGCAGACAGUACAGGGGAGAAUGACCAGAGACUGCGGACACAGUGUACAGGAGAUGACCAGAGACUGACGGACACAGUACAGGAGGAUGACCAAGAUACUGCAUGGACAGUAACAGGAGAUGACCAGAGACUGUUCCAGGACCAGUACAGGGAGCAUGACACAGAGACCGGACAGUACACAAGGAGAUGACCAGAGACUCAGCGAACAGUACAGGGAUGACCAGAGACUGCGGACAUCAGUACAGGGGAUGACCAAGACGACUGCGGACAGUACAGGGGAGACCAGAGACUGCGGACAAAGUACAAGGAAUGACCAGAGACUGCGUACAGUACAGGGGAUGACCAGAGACCUGCAGACAGUUACAGGGGAUGACCAAGAACUGCAGACAGUACAGGAAUGAUGAUAGAGACUGCAGACACUAUAGUAGAGAGGCUCGCCAGCAUGCCUACACAAUACAGACGAUACCCA